CCGGCCCCCGAGCCCAUGGGCAGCGGCAGCAGCCGGAGACGGGGCCCGGUGGCGACGGGGGGCGGCGGCGGAGGCGACCCCCGAGGGCCGGGGGCAGCCCCGGGCCCGGCGGAGGCGGCGGCAGGGGGCGAGGGGGCGGCGGCGCUGCCCGCCCCCGGCAGCCCCCCGCGGGAGGCUGUGUCACCUGCAAGCCCGCCUGACCCAGAGAACAACAACGUCAGCAAUGACAGGUGCCCGGGAAGGAGCAGCAAGCAGCCGGCGGGGCGGCCGGCCGUGUCGUACGACUGCGCGGAGGAGGAGCUGAUGGCCAGCAUCGAGCGGGAGUACGGCCGCUGAGCCCCCGGCGGGGAGCAGAAAGCUGCUGCCAACAGACCACGGCCACCCCUCGCACGGCCAGGAGGAGGAGGAGGAGAAGGAGAAGGAGGAAGGAGAGGGUGGGCGAGAGGCAGCACGACUGCUCCGGAGGCACAGAGGAUGACCUGAAGAAAGCCCACCUGGCAAUUCGAUAUUUCAAAGCUCCUUUCUGAACCGUAUUUCCAAAUGAAGGCAUAUUAGAGUUCUGUUGAGCGCUGAGAUAUGGUGCUUUGAAGGGGAAGACCUUAUUUUUUUGUUGUCCUGGCAGUGCAGGUGCUGUACCUGCAGCACAAGGGCUUUUACCCCCCAGUGAAAGCAGGAGGCACGUCCCCAGGGCCACCUCGCCGUGGCCAUGGCCAUCUACUUAGAGAGGGGCUUGCAGAGCAGCUCUUUGCCACCCAUUCCCAGUCAUCGCUCCUGGCCUUCCCCUGCAUUUCUUUUCCUUCAUAGCUAGUCUAGAAGAAAAAUCACUACAAUUUAUCAUUAGCUGAAUCAGAAAGCCUGGAUCGCCACAGAAAAUCGUAUGUUUUCAGCGCUCCCUGACAGGGAAGCCUGGUAUUUUAGGGUUUCUGCCUUUGUUUUACCUGCAUCUUAAUGUGUUAUGAGUAGCUGCUUAUUAUCAGAACUAGAAAAGUACCUUAUUUCUGUCUUCAGCUGAAUCGUAAAAGAUGCCAGAUGAAAUCUUUGCAAAGAAUGUGCAAGUGCAAGGGGAAACAGCAGGACGCAGCUGUAUUUUGACUUCUUUGUCGUUCCUGAAAUCUGUGUAAGAGAAAGAAGUUGAUCUGUAUUCUACAUAACUCUCAAUAAAGGCAAAUAAGCUGUUCA